CUCUGCAGUCCCAGCAACAGUCAGCAUGCAGCAGCAACCAUCACCCGGAUCCCUGGCUCCUUCGGCAGAGCCCACCAAGCCCCCUUACAGCUACAUAGCCCUGAUUGCCAUGGCUAUCCAGAGUUCCCCGGGGCAGCGGGCCACCCUCAGUGGCAUCUACGGCUACAUCAUGGGCCGCUUCGCUUUUUACCGGCACAAUCGGCCGGGCUGGCAGAACAGCAUCCGCCAUAACCUGUCUCUCAAUGAGUGCUUCAUCAAGGUGCCCCGCGACGACCGCAAGCCAGGCAAGGGCAGCUACUGGACCCUGGAUCCCGACUGCCACGACAUGUUCCAGCAUGGCAGCUUCCUCCGCCGCCGCAGACGCUUCACCAAGCGCACAGGUGCCCAGGGCACCAAGGGCCCUGUCAAGGCAGACCACAGACCCCUCAGAGCUGCCAGCCCAGACCCAGGAGCCCCCAACACCACUACUAGCAGGCUGUGCCCAUUCCCACCAGAGGUGCCAAACCUCAAGGGCCUAAACUUUGGGGGUCUGAUGGGAUCGUUGCCAGCCAGUGUAUGCCCAGCAACCAGUGACGCCAGGCCCCAGCUGCCCACUGGACCCAAAGAGAUGUGCUCUCCCAAGUCUGCAGGACCAAGGGAGCUCCCCCAAGCCACCUCGCCCUCCCGGUGCCCAGCAUCCGGCUUUUCGGCUGCCUUCUCUGAAGCUGAGAGUCUCGGCAAGGCCCCCACACCUGGUGUGGCCCCUGAGGGCAUCGGGAGCAGCUACCAGUGCCGGAUGCAGGCGCUGAAUUUCUGUAUGGGGACUGACCCGAGCCUUGAACACCUCUUGGCCUCUGCAGUCCCCACCCCUGCACCCUCGACUCCUUCAGCCUCUCACCGGGCCCCACUGCCUCUGCCAGCUGACUCCAAGGAACCCUGGGUGACUGGGAACUUCCCUGUCCAGGGAGGCUCCGGGUACCCCCUGGGGUUACCCCCUUCCCUUUACCGGACACCAGGAAUGUUCUUCUUCGAGUGAUUGACUGCAGCAGUCCCUCUGCAGGGUCUCUGUCAACUAUUCUCUGCAGACUCCGUCUGGCUGUAGGACCUAGGGCGCUCUACAAGGACCCAGCCCUGGGAGGCCAAGGACUGUGAGGAUCAGAAGGCAGAAGUGAGCAGUCAGCCAGGUCCCUGGGGCCUCCAGACAAACUUGGGAUGAGGGCAAGUGGGACC